AUGGCGGCACUUCCGGACGUUGCCUCCAUUCCCAUCCCUCUGGUAGCAACCCUAGGCAUUGUCCCUCUAAUUCUUUAUUUCGUCCUUGAUAGAAUUGGUCCCUUGUGGCCAAAUUCGAAAGCUUUCCUAAUUGGCAAGAAGAAACCGGAGACCGUGACAUCGUUCGAGUGCCCAUAUGCCUACAUCCGUCAGAUCUAUGGGAAGUAUCACUGGGAGCCAUUCGUACAGAAGCUGUCCCCGAGGCUCAAGGAUGAGGAUCCCGCCAAAUAUAAGAUGGUUCUGGAGAUAAUGGAUGCAAUCCACCUGUGCCUGAUGCUAGUUGACGAUAUAACUGACAAUAGCGACUAUCGAAAAGGCAAGCCAGCAGCCCACCGGAUAUAUGGCCCUUCAGAGACAGCAAAUCGCGCUUACUACCGAGUCACCCAGAUUCUCAACAAGACCGUGCAAAAGUUCCCCAAGCUGGCCAGGUUUCUGCUACAAAAUCUGGAAGAAAUUCUCGAAGGCCAAGACCUGUCACUAAUCUGGCGACGGGAUGGAUUGGGUAGCCUUUCGACUGUUCCUGAGGAGCGAGUUGCAGCCUAUCGCAAGAUGGCAUCAUUGAAAACAGGGGCGUUAUUCCGGCUGCUGGGACAAUUGGUGAUGGAGGACCAAUCGAUGGACGGGACGAUGACUACUCUUGCGUGGUGCUCGCAGCUGCAGAAUGACUGCAAGAAUGUCUACUCAUCCGAAUAUGCCAAGGCCAAAGGGGCGCUUGCCGAAGACCUGCGAAAUCGAGAGCUCUCGUUUCCGAUUAUCCUCGCGCUGGAAGCUCCCGAAGGGCAUUGGGUCGCCAGUGCUUUGGAGACCAGCUCACCGCGCAAUAUUCGCAAAGCGCUUGCUGUGAUUCAGAGCGAGAGAGUGCGCAAUGCUUGUUUCAAGGAGCUUAAGUCGGCGAGCGCUUCGGUUCAGGACUGGUUGGCUAUCUGGGGACGGAACGAGAAAAUGAAUUUGAAGAGCCAGCAGACAUAG